AUGAUCGUAGAAAUUUUAAUAUUCAUUCUGACUACUUUAAUUGUGUAUUUUAUUUACACAUAUAAACGCAUUCAUAAAUAUUUCGAUGAGAGAGAUUUAAGAUAUAAUCCGGGUGUACCUAUUUUCGGCAACGUAUUAAAAAGUACACUUCUCAGGAGGCAUAUCGUUGAAGACAUUGAUGCUAUAUACAAAGAAUUUCCAAAUGAAAAGUAUGUGGGGUAUAUCGAAGGCACCUCACCAAUCAUACUUAUCAGAGAUCCGGAAGUAAUCAAGCAUAUUACGGUCAAAGAUUUCGAUCAUUUUGUAAACCAUAAAAUGUUCUUUCCUGAAGAUAUUGAGCCAUUGUUCGGCGACAGUCUUUUAAUGAUGAAAGAUGACAGAUGGCGGGACAUGCGAGCAACGCUAAGUCCGGCUUUCACAGCAUCUAAAAUGCGUCAAAUGUUGCCGUUCAUGGCUGAAAUUAGCGACAACAUUAUACAAUACUUGAAAGAUCACAUCUCGGAAGACAUCGACGUCAGCGAUGUGAUACGUCGUUACACAAACGAUGUCAUUGCUUCUUGCGCAUUCGGAUAUCAAGUAAAUUCCUUAAAGGAUAAGGAUAACGAAUUUUACACAAUGGGCCAAUCGCUUUUUAAUAUGAGUACUUGGCAGAGACUUAAAUUAUUUUUUAUAACAAAUAUUCCGAAAGUUGCAAGGUUACUGGGAUUCAAUGUCUUUUCUGGGAAGUAUUCAGGAUUUUUUGAUAAUUUAGUGAAAACUACAAUUGAGCAUAGACAAAAACAUAAUAUUGAAAGACCAGAUAUGAUCCAGCUCCUUAUGGAGGCUUCUAAGGGAAAUUUGAAAACAGAGAACGUGGAUAUAAAAGACGACAUUGUUUUCGAAGCAGAAAAGCUUAAGCAGCAUGGAGAUGUUAAACAAUGGUCUCCAAAGGAAUUAUCAAGUCAGGUGUUCCUUUUCUUCUUUGCUGGAUUUGAUACUUCUGCUACAGCUUUGAUUAUGUGUAUCCAUGAACUGGCAAUUAAUCCCAAAGUACAGGAUAAAUUGUACGAAGAAAUCAAAGAGUUUAAAGAUAAAAACAGCAGCGUGGUAUUUGAGAACAUGAAUGAGUUGAAGUAUUUAGACGGCGUCAUAAAUGAAACGUUUCGCAAGUGGGCACCUGGUUUAGUAAUUGAUAGAGUGUGCACUAAGCCUUAUGAAUUACCACCACCUCGGGAAGGUGGAAAACCAUACAAAUUACAGCCAGGAGAUGUCGUUUACAAUGUGAUGAACUCCAUUCACAUGGAUCCAAAAUACUAUCCAGACCCAGAAGUAUUCGAUCCUGAUAGAUUUUCAGACGAAAGGAAACAUGAGAUGACACCCUUUACAUUUAUGCCGUUCGGUACCGGUCCGCGUUUUUGUAUUGGUGCCAGAUUUGCGUUGAUGGAGCUAAAGGUUCUACUUUAUCACCUCAUUUUAAACUUUAAGAUUUUAAAGUGCAAGAAGACAGUGGAACCGAUUAUUCUAAAGCCAGAAGAUCUCAAUAUAAGAGCUUUAGGAGGGACAUGGGUACGUCUAGAGAAGAGAAACUAG